CUUCACCUUCUUGACCUUCUUUUUCUUCUGUGGCGGCGCCUGUUUAUCUUUCCCGGGGGUGACUGCCGCUUUAUCACUGCCCUUCCCUUCUUCCUCCUCCGAGGCUCCCACAACUUUCCCAACCUUUCGUUUCCUCGCUGCCCCAAUUGCCGCAAUCUUCUCCUCUUUCCUUUCUGGCUCCACUGCCUCUGGCUUGGCCUCCUCUGCAGCUUGCUCGCCUUUCUUUCCGCCCUUCUUCGUCACACCUAAACUGUGUAGCUCAUCAUCGUCGAGAGCUGCCCCCUCUUCAUCCACAUAGACCGGCUCAUCCUCCUCGUCGGCGUCAGGAUUCGGGGCGCGUCUGGCGCGUGGCGCGGCUGUGGAGCCUCCAGUGUUCUCGGCACGGAGGCGUUGGAGGAAGGGGGGGAGAGCCGAAUCGUAUGAGAGACUUUUGGAGGUGAUUUUGGGGGACAUGUCGACAGAGGAUUGUUAAUUGGCUGUGAUAGUGCCAAGGCGGGGUCGUCGAGGCUGAAUAUAGAAACCGUGCUGUUGGUAAAAAGUAGUGCACGUGAUUACAUUUAUUUGGUGUUUCGAGGGGCUAAAUUACGGCAGAAUUGUUGAUGUACAGGGCGGUGUGCAACUAAUUGUGGUGUCUCCUUCCCGUCUCUGGGUCCUUGGCCCAAUUUGGACCUUGUUAACUCUACAGGGCCCAAGUUGGAUCUUGCUACUCUACAGUUACCCUCAAUUGCGCGUGCGAUUUUAUUCAUGAUUGCGACGAUUAUAAUACAGCUGGUGCGGAAGUCCACAUGCGAAUAAUACAGUAACCACGAUAUCGAAAUACCUUCGCAGCUAUGGAGGUUGUGCGGCGCGCUAUGAAGCGGUUGCCAACGGUGACAGAUUUGCCCACGAUGAAGGAGGCAGGGAGCAAAAACAAGACCUCUAGAUGGGCAUUUUUCAGACGCCCCCUGCGGUUAAAAGGCAAUUCGGCCGUUUCCGUACCUCUCGGCGUCGUGCUUUUGUUUCCCUUUAUGGUCGUUGUUUGCAUCUUGGUUUUGUUUGUGCGGCACCCGUCGUCACCGGGAAGGGGGUUAUUAACGCCGGGGGGGAGUCCUCCAGCUAUAAGGAAAAUUAGCGAGAAGUACGACAAGGUGUUUGUGACAGGAUGCGACGUUCCGGAUACCACGAAGCCAAGGGCUAAUGCCGCGUUUGUUGUUUUGGCAAGAAAUAAGGAGUUGGAGGGGGUUAUCCAAUCGAUCAAGUCUAUUGAGCGCCAUUUCAACAGAUGGUAUCAUUACCCAUACGUCUUUCUCAAUGACGGCGACUUCAACUCGACUUUCAAGGAGACGGUCCAAAACUAUACCAGUUCGUCGGUGGAGUUUGGGAAAAUCGACCCGAGCAUGUGGGGCUUUCCAGAUUGGAUCGAUCCACGGGUUGCGAAGGAGGGAAUUGCAAAGCAAGGCGACGCCGCAAUUAUGUAUGGUGGCAUGGAGAGCUACCAUUCCAUGUGCAGAUUCUACUCUGGAUUCUUCUACAAGCAUGAAUUGUUGCAAAAGUACGAGUGGUACUGGCGCCUCGAGCCAGAGAUCAAGUACUUCUGUGAUAUCACUUAUGAUCCGUUCCAAAAGAUGAUCGAAAAUAACAAGACAUACGGGUUUACCAUCGCCGUGAAGGAAUUGAAGGAGACAGUCCCCAAUAUCUUCCGAUAUGCAUCUGCGUAUAUGAGAACCAACAACAUCAAGUCCAAGGGGCUCUGGGAGAUGUUCGUCGAGCCUGACCCAGAGGGACCGAAGAAGAAACGCCCAGAAGACACGCCAGGCUACAAGCCUCCUAUCCCAGAGCCGAUUCUCCGCAAGGGCUCAUCACUACCUGAUGUCGACCCAGAAGCCAUGGAAGGCGAGAAAUACAACAUGUGCCAUUUCUGGUCGAAUUUCGAGAUUGCAAGCCUCAGCUGGUUCAGGAGCAAGGAGUACGAGGACUUCUUUCAGAUGAUGGACCGCAGUGGCGGUUUCUGGAUGGAGAGGUGGGGUGACGCACCUAUCCACUCCCUGGCCGCUGGCGCCCUCCUUUCCCCGAGCCAAGUCCACUAUUUCCGCGACUUCGGAUACCGCCACACAACCAUCCAGCAUUGCCCUGCCAAUGCGCCAGCGCGACAGCUGAAGCGCGACCCGUGGCCCGAGAUGACGACUACCAACCCGCGCAAGAGGCGCGAGGAAGACGAGUACUGGGACAGCUGGGAUGACCCGAAGGAGAAUGGCGUCGGGUGCCGAUGCCGCUGCGAUACGGAUAUUGUUGAUGUGGAAGGGAAGGAGGGAAGUUGCAUGGCUGAGUGGGUCGAUGUUGCAGGAGGGUGGGCGAGUCCUUGAUUCGCCUUGGAGUAUGAUGCAAGGGGUUGAUGCUCAUGUAUGAAUGAACCCAUGGGGAAAAACCCGAGAAGGAGGAUGUAGUGGGGCGGCAGAUUUCAUGAUGCUGAUGAUUGUGUGUUGCGAGAGAAGGAAACAGGCUCAUUAGCAUGGCGCAGGUGUCGGAACAAGCAGGCUGCGGGAGGGAAACGAGGGUGCUGAUACAAGCAUCCGAGACUCGGCGUUUGCGGCUGUAGAACUUGAGGGGGGGGGGAGGGACAAUGUAUUUGUAGUGCCUUUGGCAUAGCUUUUUCGACUAAGGA